AUGUCCGAAACAUCAUCACCCCAAAAAGAAGCAACCGACAACCUCCCCACCCCAACCUUCGCCGGCCGUCUCAAACUCUCGGAAUUCAUCUUCACCCCCGAGCAAAAGAAAUCCAUGCCUCUCCAACAACCCCUCCGUAAAAGCCCCCGGCUUCUCGCAUCAACCUCCUCAUCAACACCACUCCUCCAACCCUCCCCAUCCAUACCAUCCCCCCUCAAACGCUCCCCCUCAGAACCACCAUCAUCAAUAUCCUCCCCUUCAAAACGCAAACGCCCCAAACCCCUCCCCACCCCACCCGGCCCGCUCCCCCUCCUCCCAGACGCCAUCGCUCCCAACCUCAUCCUCCUCUUCGUCGGCCUGAAUCCCGGCCUGCUAACUUCCUCUACCGGCCACGCCUACGCCCACCCGACAAAUCUCUUCUGGCGCCUGCUCCACUCAUCCGGCAUCACCCCCCGCCUCUGCGCGCCACAAGAAGACCGGCUCCUCCCCUCCCUCUUCUCCCUCGGGCUCACCAACAUUGUCCCCCGACCAACACGGAACGGGGCAGAGCUUUCAAAGAAGGAGAUGGAUGCUGGCGUUGCGGUCCUGGAAGAGAAAAUCAGGGAGUUUAAGCCGGAGGCGGUGUGUAUUGUUGGGAAGAGCAUUUGGGAGAGCGUGUGGAGGGUGAGGCAUGGGAGGGGGAUCAAGAAGGAGGAGUUUAGGUAUGGGUGGCAGGAGCGGGGGGAGGAUAUGGGAAAGGUGGAGGGGUUGGGGGAGUGGAAUGGGGCGAGGGUGUUUGUUGCUUGCAGUACUAGUGGGUUGGCGGCUACGUUGAAGCCGAGGGAGAAGGAGGAGAUUUUUGGGGAGUUGGGGGAGUGGGUUGUCAAGAGGAGGAGGGAGAGGGAGGAGGAGAAGGGGGUGGGGAGUGGAACGGAUGGUGGUGAGGAUGGUGGUGAGGGUAUAGGGCAGGUUGAUGAUGCAGAGGUCAAGCAGGAAUCAUAA